AAAUGUCUCAUCACGUGGCUUUAAGACCUAUGGUUUCUAUGGCAGCCGCCAGUUAUGUCCGGAAGAGACACCAUCAUCAUUAUCCAAUGGUGCAGCGUCAAGAAAGUUUAAAAAAAAUAUAUAGAAAUCCAUGAUGGAGGCGUCUUCUCGUGAUCAAGCUGGUGGAGGUCUGUGGAACUGUACUAGAAGGACCCAGUACAGCAAGGAGAUUCAGGACAUACUGAAAUUAAUGAUGCAAGAGUCGAGACUCACCAACUUCCAGCAAAGACAGCUCAAUGACAAACUUAAGAAGGGAUCAGCUUUGCCAUUGACCUGCAACCCCACAUCAUCGGCUCCACCCUCACUGCCCAAACCCAAAGUCGUAAAAAAUAGCACAAACCGCACUCCAGCCAAGCCCCUGAGGCGCACUGCUGACAAUUGUAGUUCUGGGAACAACUACACCAGAGAUCGGUUCCGCCCCAGUGCCACACGAGAUUUAGAGAAGGAGAAGAGGAGGCUCCAGAACAUUCUAGCUACGGGGCAGGAGGAACCCAGACCCAGUCGUCCCAGGAACAUUUCCCUGGACCAGGGCCCAGAGGAGGAGAGGGACCGCUUCCAGGAGGUUUUGGAUGAGAUUGAGGAGAGGAAGGAGUUUCUGGAGGAGAUGACAGCCCUGGGGAAAGGGAAGCAGUAUCGCAACAUCAUCAACACAGAGAUCUCACAGAAAAUCCACGAGCUGGAGGUGAUUGACAAGGCCCGCAGUGCAGAGCUGGGGACCAUUAUGCCAGAGAAGAAGACUGAGUGACAGAGAGGAAUACUCAUCUGCUGAAUGGAUCUACUAUACUGCUAAUACUCUCCUACAGAAAAUACACUGCACAGGAAUUCUGAACUCAAACUUGGAUACUAGUCUUCAUUUGUGCUUAAUGCUUGUUCAAAUUAUAGCAUGGUAACAAAUGUUGCUGGGAAGAUCCCGAUGCAUCCUUGUCAAACUGAAAAUGCAUUGUACUGUACAUUAAAAUAUGACCACACAUCUCUUUAGCGGCAUUAAUAUGUUUUAUUUCUCAGUCUUUCAAUGCGAUCCUGUUGUUUCUUUAGGACCAUGUUUCAACAUAGCUCUACAGAAGCCCUUGGUGUGAGUUUUUAAAUAGGAAGAAGAGGCACAAACACACAAGCAGCCAUUUUGAAUGGAAGACAAGAUCAUGUACUAGACAAUAUAUACGGACAGACUAUAACAAGACAUUCGGUUUAACUCCGGACAAAAACAAGACUUAUUGACGAAUACAUUUAAAUAAGGGCACUCUUAACAUAAACGGAUCUCAUAGUGCUAUCGACUUUGACAGCAGAUUCUAAGUUAAGGCAAAACUCAAUGGAAUUAGACAGCGUUUACAGAGUCAAACAAAGGCAUUGUAAAAUAUAUAAAUUAAAAAGAUUUGCAUAUUUUGCAGACUUUCCCAAAACAGUUAAACUGAUAUCAACUGGUAGGUACUAACAGUUUGCUACAUUGUUAAAAAGAUAUCUACGGAAUUGAUAUACACAGAGUGUACAAAACAUUAGGAACACACGCUCUUUCCGUGACCUAGACUGACCAGGUGAAAGCUGUGAUCCCCUAUUGAUGACACUUGUUAGAUCCACUUCAAAUCAGUGUAAAUGAAGGGGAGGAGACGGGUUAAAGAAGGAUUUUUAAGCAUUGAAACAACUGAGACAUGGAUUGUGUCUGUGUGCCAUUCAGAGAGUGAACGGGCAAGAAAAUAUUUAAGUGGCGGUUUGUGUUAACAGUAACGCUGCUGGGCUUUUCACGCUCAACAGUUUCCCGUGUGUAUCAAGAACGGUCCACCACCUAAAGGACAUCCAGCCAACUUGACACAACUGUGGGAAGCAUUUGAGUCAACAUGGGCCAGCAUCCCUGUGGAACGCUUUUGACACCUUGUAGAGUCCAUGCCCCGACGAAUUGAGGCUGUU